GGAAUUGCAUUACAGUUCUACUCAUGACUAGAUCAUAAGAUUCUUGCUGUCAGGUCGCUUUCUUCAACUUCUGAGGUGCAGUCAUGGUGCUGUACAUAAUGUGUUCGCUGGCGCUGGCGUUUCUGAACCCGGUCCUGGUGCUUGGAGGAAUGAACGUGACCCGUCCUAACAUUAUUCUGCUGUUGAUGGACGAUAUGGGUUGGGGAGACCUGGGUGUGUUUGGCGAACCUUCUAGAGAGACUCCGAACCUAGACAAGAUGGCUUCAGAGGGAAUGUUGUUUCCAAAUUUUUACACUGCAAAUCCUCUUUGUUCUCCAUCAAGAGCAGCCUUAUUGACUGGGCGUCUCCCCAUUCGGAAUGGCUUCUAUACGACCAAUAGCCAUGCAAGAAAUGCUUAUACUCCACAGGAGAUAGUGGGUGGGAUUUCAGACUCUGAGAUACUCUUCCCUGAGCUGUUAAAGAAAGCUGGAUAUGUCAAUAAGAUCAUUGGAAAAUGGCAUCUGGGACACAGACCUAGUUACCAUCCUUUGAGGCAUGGAUUUGAUGAAUGGUUUGGAUCUGCCAACUGUCAUUUUGGACCUUAUGACAAUAAGCAAAUACCAAACAUCCCAUUGUACAGAGACUGGAACAUGGUGGGCAGAUACUAUGAAGAAUUUAACAUCAAUCAUAAAACUGGAGAGUCAAAUCUGACCCAGAUCUACUUGCAGGAAGCCCUGGAAUUCAUUUACAGUCAAGCAGUGGCACAGCAGCCAUUCUUUCUCUACUGGUCUAUUGAUGCCACCCACGCACCCGUGUAUGCAUCCCGUCCCUUCCUUGGAACUAGCAACAGAGGCCUGUACGGCGAUGCAGUGCGAGAGAUUGAUUUCAGUAUUGGGAAGAUACUGAACCUGCUAAACCUGACGGGCAUAGCUAAAGAUACAUUUGUAUUCUUUACAUCUGACAAUGGGGCUGCUCUUAUUUCUGCACCAAUGCAAGGUGGCAGUAAUGGUCCGUUCUUAUGUGGAAAGCAGACAACAUUUGAGGGUGGCAUGCGAGUGCCAGGUAUCGCAUGGUGGCCAGGGCAUGUGGCUCCAGGUCAGGUGAGCUAUCAGCUGGGCAGCAUCAUGGAUCUCUUCACCACUAGCCUAUCUCUCGCUGGACUAGAAAUACCAAGGGAUAGAGCUAUUGAUGGCAUUGACCUGUCACCAGUGAUCCUAGAGAGCAAAGAGACUGAAAGACCAAUAUUCUAUUACCGUGGCAACGAGCUGAUGGCAGUCAGACUAGGACAGCACAAGGCUCAUUACUGGACUUGGAGUAAUUCGUGGGAAGAACUGUCCCAGGGAAUUAAUUUUUGUCCAGGACAGAAUAUUACUGGAGUAACAACACAUAUGCAAGUAGAGCACAGUAUUAAUCCUCUCCUGUUUCACCUGGGAAGGGACCCUGGGGAGAAGUACUCUAUAAGUGUACUAAGUACCGAGUAUGAGGAUGCAGUAAACAGGAUUUCCUCUGUGGUCCAACAGCACAGGGAUUCUAUGGUCCCAGGAGAACCACAGCUUAACGUGUGUGACUUGGCGGUUAUGAACUGGUCUCCUCAUGGAUGUGAGAAGCUGGGGAAAUGUCUUACUCCCCCACAGUCCAACCCCUGGAAGUGCGUCUGGCCUCACUAAAGUGAGAACUUGGUGCAGCGAAUAGUGCUUGAUCCGCAAGCUGAGCAAAAGGAUUGGUUGUGUAAGCCAUAAGGCUUAUCUAGAAUAGCAGUUCCUUCUAGGGUGUAAGUUAGACCCAAUGUGGACCCAAUUUCCGUCCCCUUAAUUGACUGUAAGUGCCUUUGUGAGUAUAAGGAUAUUCCAGUGGUCUCAAGAAUACAGUGUUUUAUGCUGGGAUGUGCAGUGACCAAAGCUUCAGCAUUAUUGCUUGCAUAGUGAAAAUUAGUGUUUAAUGGAGAAGGUAAGGUUAAAACUAAGUUAGCUUUAUCAGAAAGGUCUAUUUAAAUACACCAGUAAACCCUCAAAGUAAUGCUGCUCUAAAUCCUCUGUCAAAAUAAACACCAGAUUUCUUUCUUUCUAUUGUGUAUCAGACUUCCCUAUAUUGCAUCUUAAACCUCCAGGGCACGGGCUUGAGCAUGCUCAGUUUGCUUCCCUACUCCCCUCCCUGCUGUAAUCUGAGCCCAGAGCUAUGAGGGAGAGACUCAGUCAGGAAGUGAUGUCACACCAAACUAAUAUGGCAGCUGCUAUCCUAAACAAACAGAGAGAGCUUCUAGAGCUGUUUACUCAGGUAUGGUAAAGCAUUCUACAGAAUAAAUAUAUAGUUCUAUCUUGCACUAUUGUGGUUAAUGUAUUGGCAAUAUCUUCUGUAUCUUUCCUUCGCACUUAAUUCACCCCCCAUAGUCAGCAGCUUUGCUCCCCAACCAGUAGCUGCCUAACUUGUUAACACAGUGAGCUAAUAUUCUUUCCAUUAUUCCUGUUGCACAGUGAUGCUUUAUGGUGUCUUGUGUUUAACUUUUUAACUGUGUACGAAAUAAUUGAACCUACUGUUAUAUAUAAUCUGUAUCACAUACGUCACCCUAUUUUAUGGUCAUUGAAUUCCUCCUUUACUUCCAAUAUCCAAAGGGAGCAGUUUAAUUCCCUGCUUAUAUUUUUUUGAUCUCAUAGAUCGACAAUUGAAAUAGAAAUAAAGAAUAUGAAAAGUCGCUUCAUAAAGGCAUUUAGCAUACCAUCUGCUUAUUUUAUAUGGUUAUGGCUCAAAGUCAUCUAAUACACAGGUGAUUUCUAAAUUCUCUAGCUGCAAGUGUUAGAGUACAAAACCACGCUCCCUAGUUCUCAUUCAGAAAGCCCUUGCAAACCUUCUCUCUGCUGCUUGCCCUAUCCUUGCCAUUGGCCAUAGGGCUGAACCACUUCUUAGUGGAAAGGCCUGUGCCAUGGCUUGCACUUUGUACCCUUCCACAUGGGUGAUAAAUGAGCCCUCUAAUCUGUGUUAGACAAAACCAGAGGAUUCAGUGACCUGUAUAGCUUUGGUGGCUUUUAAUAUAAGGGAAUAUGAUAUAUAUUACAGACCCUUCUGCAUAUAAUUGACAAAAAUCAUGGGAACUGUAAAUUGUAUUUAUUGUCUUUGUCCAUGUCGCGUAUGACACUGUAAACAUCUUCUUUUUUUCUCUUUGUCUUCCUCAACUAGGUUAUGAUUUUAAUAAAAAGAAAAAUGAUA